UCACUCUACACUGGAUACAAGGUCCUGGCAGGUCGGAAAUGUCUAUCAGAAUCAGAAUGGACUGUACUUUUAUAAAUGUUAUAAGUAGAGUAGCACAAUCUGUGAGCUAGGAAAUAUAAUUUAAGUGUCCUGUUGUAUUAAUGAGAAUGUAAUGGUGAAAACAUAUUCAUUUUACUGUCAGGUUGCCACUGAAAACUUAGGAGGAAAGCAGUGACUUCUUAUGUGUGUUAACGGGUUCCCCAAAGGUCAUUUACAGAUUUAAAUUAAUGGAUCUAUUUUACAGUUGUUCACAGUUGUUGUGUAAUGAAGCACAAAAUGAUCAGACAGAGAGUGAUUCUCUCUCUGAGAUUUAAAAAAAACAAAAAAUUCAAGUUAUCGUUUUAUUAUGGGGUGGGAAAAAUGAAGCAGACAAUGCCCCCUUCUUCCUGUGCUCUACCGCCCCCACAAGACCCAGGCCGGUACUGCUACAAACAGCCAUAAUAGGCAGUAGGAGUGGGUGAGUCUGAGCCGAGCAGGCAGUGUGUCUACACAGGGAUCACUCUCGUCGGAGGAGGUCGAUACCGUCCUCCGUCCUCCGCCUGCCAAACCCCCACUUCCGACCUGAAACAGGAGCCGGUGUCCGGAGCAGGAUGCAUCGAUCUGUUUGGUUGUAGUGCUUCCAGCGGAUCCUCCAUGCGUCAGCCCUGGGAAUGGAUCAGGAAUCCGGUGCGGCGUCUGCAGGGAGUUUCAUCUCCCUAAAUGAACAUGAACAGAGGUAUUACUCAGGUCUCCACAGUCUGUGCCAGGCUGACACUUCAGGAAAACUGUCGUCCAGCAAAGUGGCAGAGCUGUUCAAGGCGUCUCAGCUACCUCCUGAAUCGCUGCAUAAAGUGACCGAGGUGUGUGGAGCAAAGCGUCUGGGUUACUUUGGUACACCUCAGUUCUACGUGGCCCUGAAGCUGCUCGCUGCCACGCAGUCUGGUCUGCCCGUUCGCCUGGAGAGUGUAACAGCCAAUCUACCUCUGCCCAGAUUUGUUGGGCUGAAGAAUGAGCCAGAGAUGCGAUAUUCAACCGUCCCUCCUGGUAUAGAAGGUCAGGGGGCUCAGUGUGGGGCUGCACCUGGGUCUGUCUCAUGGACUCCAGCUGAGAGAAGCACCUUCAGACACCUGGAGGCCAGUGUAGAGAAGAAGGAGCCUUGGUCCCCGCCUCGAUCACCGUGCAGUUCGCCGCCUCGCUCUCCACUCACCUAUCGCAGCUACCCAUACACCAAGCAGAGAAAUGGAGCAGACGCUCAAAUGACCUAUGAAAGCAAACAAUCCUCGCGGCCGAUCAUUCAGCUGGAGCAGCACUCCUCGCCCAAUAACUACGGGACCAAAUCCACUGUGGAGCAUCCUGCUAUGGCUCGGGCUUCCUCAGCAGAGAGGCUGGCUCAGCAGGGAGCAGUGGACGAUUCUGAAGAUGACCCCUGGAGGAUCACAGAGGAACAGCUGGAGUAUUAUACAAAUCAGUUCAAGAGCCUGCAGCCUGACUUGGGGGCUCUUAUCCUGGGAGCUGUUGCAAAGAACUUUUUCACAAAAUCCAAGCUCCCAAUACCAGAGCUGUCCCACAUUUGGGAGUUGAGUGAUGUGGAUCGAGAUGGGGCUCUCACUUUCUCUGAGUUCUGCACAGCUUUUCACUUGAUUGUGGCGCGUAAGAAUGGUUACCCUCUCCCAGAGAGCCUUCCUCCAACCCUGCAGCCAGGGUUCAUGCAACAGGAAGAGGACAUACCGGAUACUCCUGAAAGUGCAGAGCCUCUUAUUGUCUUUGAAGAUGCUGAACCAAGGCCCAGUCAGAUGGAUCGAAGCAUUCUAGAGAGGAUCCAGCCAAGUUUGCCAACAACAAAACAAGACAUGAAAGAGGAACCCCGGAAACAAGAUGCCGGUUUGAAGAGGAUGACGACAUCUCAAGACAAACAGACUCUACAACUUGGUGCUUUUCCUGAGAGGCCAGAACCGCCUCACGACCUGGACCCACAGAUGAGGACAAAAACUAGACCGAGGUCCUACUCCAGCACGUCUAUUGAAGAUGCAAUGAAGAAGGCAGAAGAGCCUCCAACCCCUCCACCUCGGCCCCAGAAAACCCACUCCAGAGCCUCCUCAUUGGACCUCAACAAGCUCUUCCAGCAGGGCACUCCAGGGAUAAAAAGUGGAUGGUUGCCUCCUCCUCCAGCCCUCCCUCCAAGACCAUCAACCUCACAGGUUUCUCAUUUUAUCAACACUUCAGAGAAAACGCCCCAAAAUAAAGUACAGCAGCCAAACUUUGCUGACUUCAGUCACUUUAGAGAGGAGGAGGAAAGCAGUGUAAAACCUGAGGAACAGGGUCUACGAUCUAGAUUUGGUCCAAGUACUGAAGACUUGACAAAUGCUUCAAAACAGGAAGUGAUUGGCGUUUGUCACAGUCAGGCUCCACAGAAACCAGUUCGCAGGAAAUAUCAUCCAGAGAGCCAGAGCCAGGAGACCGCACCUCCGCCUGCCAUGUCGUUUCCUCCCCCCUCCAAACCUGCUCAAAAACUGCUGUCCAGACAGAAGAGGGAGAUCCAGAUGGCGAUCCGUAAGAACAAGGAAACUAACGCAGUGCUGACACGCCUCAACAGUGAGCUCCAACAACAACUCAAGGUGGUUCACCAGGAGAGGGUCACCUUGGAGUCCCAGCUGGAGCUCCUGCGGCCUCUGGCCUCAACAUGACUGAGCCUCAAGUCUGGUUAGAGUCACGUUACCAGUGUUUCACUGAACUACAUCGACAAGAAUGUUUGAGCCAAGAUAUAGAAAGUUGUUGUGUUUUGUGAUGAAUACAGAAUAAAUGUAAAAGGGCUGACGAUGGAAACAAAUGAGCAUUGUAGACAUAUAGGGAUGUGAUGAAGUCCCACGUCCAAAUGUUACUUUGUAUUACUUUUAAUGCUGUUUUGCAGGAUUAAACCAUGCAUUUUUUAAAUCACUGUAUGAUACGCACAUGUAAAAUAUCCUGUUAUUCAUUGUGACAUUCUAACUUAUUUUUCUCUGUUGAGUUUCUCCCAUAAAACUUACCUUGCUUACAAUACAUUCACAGUUUUGUGCACCUGUUGCCAUGACUCUGAUUAUGUUCUGUGUUAUUAAUGGGAACUAAAGUUUUCAUUUUUUGUAUACAGUGUCAUGUGUAUCCACAUGGUCUAAAGCAAGUGAUGGUGCUAUAGAUUAGUUUAUGAAUUACAUUACUUUUUGCACUUAAAGUUCCCAAAAUGCACAUUCGCAAGGUUGUUCAAAAUGUUAGAAAAUGUCACGUUAGAGCUGGGUUUGAUUUUGCUACACAUUUCCAGCCUGCACACAAAAUUUUGAUUGUCUAUUGUCAGACUGUAGCACUGUCUCAUGUGACCAUUAGGACACUGAAGAAUGUUGAUACUUUUGACACUGGAUUUGUAUGAAAUAUGUACAUUUUACUUGAAAAUGGGCUCCAUCUUUAAUUUAAGCGCUGUCUGUUAGAAACAAAUACUGUUGAAUUUUUAAUUUCCUUAUGUUUAUUAUCAUAUGAAGUUAUUUCCAUGCUGCUUCCAUACUGUCCCACUGUUGCUCAAGUUUGGAAAAGAAAAUGAUCUCCACAAACCAAACCAAUAGUCAAAAAAAUAAAUCAAAAAAUUAAACAAAUGAGCACAAUAUUCUUCUCAUGUUUUGCAAGAUAGAUUUCAAAACAGUUCAUGUCUGUAUGAACAGAUGUAGUUUUGAUUUUAUCUAUGCAAAUACAGUAUGUGGUGCUGCAUAAGCUUCCUUUAGAACAUUUUGUCCCCAUACAUCUAGAUUGUUAAUGACGGUAAAUGAGUGGUUGAAUUACGUGAUGGCAUGCUUGAUACUGCAUGUUUGCUAAAAUGAUGUGAGCAUUUGACUGUAAAUUUAACCUGAAAUCAUGCACACCUGAUCUCUGGGCUGAAGACAAUAAUCAAACUAAUCAAUAAAGUUGUCUAUUUUUA